UAAUCAUUCCUGUUUAUUUCACUUACACACAUAUUUACAAGUCUACACAAAAUGUACAAAUGUAAAUACAGUAUUUUUUAACUUCCUGUUUUGUACCCUUAAAGCAUUGAUUUCUUGGACCUAAGCAAAAGUAACUUUUAAGUAAUCGCAUUAGAAACUUUUAUAAUUAAUGCAAUCAUAAUUGAAGAAUGUCAUUUUUUAAUUGAGAAGCCUUUAUUAUUGAAAAUAUUUGUUAUUACAGUUUACUUACACUGUAAAUUUAAACAAAGAAAUAAGUAAGGCACUUCAUAUUGGCUUCUGAAUUUGCUGUGUCUUGCCUACAACAAAACAAGUUACUCUGGGUAUAUCCUGGAUGAGUCUCAAAGCAAGAGUUUGGACUUUAUCAUUGGUGCCAGUCCUAAUUUUAGAAAGAGAUACAAAGUUCUUAAUCUAGAGACAUUUAAAAUGGCUUUUGUAGUUUUCUUCAGAAAGGGAAUAGGCUCUCAAACUUUAGGACUAUCACAGCAUCCUUUAAAUACACCACAACUUUGGUACAAAAUGUUUACAUUCCAUAUCUUAUCAAUGUACAAAAUAACAGUGCCACUGAUAUCAUGGAACUUCCUGGGCAAUGGAAUGAAUUGCUAAGCCUUGUCAAAAUAAGCAUUUUCCAUCUCCUUUCAAAUGUUAGAAUUGUCCAACUAUAAAUAAAGAAUGCAGUUUCUUGCCAUGUAUUGCCUCCAGAUUGACUACUGCCUAAUAAAGCACAAAUUUCAUAGACAAGACUUUCCUUGUUUCUUCUAAAAAAAAAUGUAUAAAAUGGAAAACAAUCUUAUACUGAAGUCUAAAUUAUAGGUAAGAAAAAACAAAAACCAAGGGACACAGGAAAGUGGUGAAUUUUCAAACAUUGAUUAACUUACAAGAUUUGCAGGUGUUUCACUGGUUCACUGUUUUCUAUAUUUUAAAUUGUAAUGUAUUUUAAAUAUUUAAUGUAUUUAAGUUUUUAAGUAAUAUUUUAAAUUAAUAAAUAGAAUUUUCAUAUGUUAGAUUUUUCUCAUUUGUAUCCCUUUAAAGUUCACAUUUUCAUUUUAACUUUUCUUUCAAAACAUAACUCAAAAAUGGAUAAAAGCCCAAUGGGAAGUUUUAUUUACACGGUAGAAAAGUUGAAAAGAAAAUAAGACACAUUCUUCACAAUUUCAGAAGUGACAAACAUCUAGGAUAUUUCAAGUGGCUUCCCAUCUCCCUGAAAGGAUUUGAUUAUCCGAUAUAAAGUUUUAUAAAGUAAUCUUAAUAGCCAGAUUAACGUUUACGUGCUCUGGGUCUAGUUGUAAUUGAAUCCUUCUUAAAAUAUAACGAAAGAAUGAUUGAUUUGGUAAUGUUGAAACUAUUGAUUAAACAGACCCCAACAAUGGUCAUUAUUUUAAUGGAAAUAUUGACAAGCAAUUAUAGUUGUAGAUUCUUGUUUCUUAUUAUCUUCCUGAUUUUUCAAUUCCCCAACGUAAAGGUGCGGGGGGGGAAAACUAACAUUUUCUCUCCUUUUCGAGAAAUGGCAUGAUAAAGAGAAGACCUUUGGAGUAUAAACACAAUUGCAGACGUUUAGAAGUUGAUGGCUUUAAGAUUCAUUUUGCUAAGUUUUUGUUUCUUAAAUCAAAAUGUGUUUUCCCUUACAAUCCCCACGCCACUUUGCUGCAGCCCUAGUGCAUACGUACCCCCUACCCAUUUCUGACUGUUAACUAGGUUCCUGCCCGCAGUGUCAGCGUCACAGGUCCCUCGCUCCCCGCUCGAGCAGGAGCCGCAGAGUCCAAUCCCCCAGGUUGCCGAACCUGGGGUCGCUCGCCCGUGCUGCCAGUCCCCGCGGCCGACUCAGCUCCAGGCCCUCCGGGAGGAUCUGAGGCCUGUCCUAAAACAUCCCUCAAGGGCAUUCCUUUUGUUCUUUCAUUCAACAAAUAUUCAAUUUCACGUGCUCCUCACUCUUCGGAAAACCAAGUCGGGCCUCACUUUGCAAGAGUACUGUCCUCGUCUUGUUAAAGACACGGUGAAGCCGGGGAGGACGAACUUCGGCCAUUACUUAGCAAAUACCUUCCCGAUCGGCCGGGCGCAUUACGCCAUCUCUCUUCCCUUAAUCCUUCACUGCCCCCAGGUAAAUAUUCGUGGCAAACAGCGACCACGGCCACACUCUGCUGUUCUUGCCUCCAAGCCAGCCUUACGCCAAGUUCCUCCACCACGCGAGGGGCUACCCUCUCCCCAAGCCAGCAAGAGAGAGGCUUGCGGCCGCAGCCGGGGCACCCCGGAACCACGGCCGGCAGGUCCGAGUCCAGGCCUCACACACCUCUAGGCUGGCGGUGGGUGGCGGCGAAUCACUGCCGAGCGUCGCAGCCCAGGGGUCUCAGCGGGAUUUUUCCGUUCCGCCGGGAGGCUGGAUCGCCCGCGCCGCGCAGCGGAACUACAACUCCCAGCACCGCCGUUGCCCGGACUUCCGGAAGCCGAAGCCGGGCGGGGAGGAAGCCACCGAGACCCGGCCAAAAGGCCGGGGGUUAAUUUAGCCAGAAAAAAGGGGGCGGGAAGGGCUGUGGGGCUAACCUGUCAAUUCGCUACCAUGAACGUGGUUUUUGCUGUGAAGCAGUACGUUUCCAAAAUGAUAGAGGACAGCGGACCGGGUAUGAAAGUACUUCUCAUGGAUAAAGAGACGACUGGCAUUGUGAGUAUGGUAUACACACAAUCAGAGAUUCUUCAGAAAGAAGUGUACCUUUUUGAACGCAUUGAUUCUCAAAAUCGAGAGAUCAUGAAACAUCUGAAAGCAAUUUGUUUUCUUCGACCUACGAAGGAGAAUGUGGAUUAUCUGAUUCAAGAGCUCCGGAGACCAAAAUACAGUAUAUAUUUUAUUUAUUUCAGUAAUGUGAUCAGCAAGAGUGAUGUGAAGUCAUUAGCUGAAGCUGAUGAACAGGAAGUCGUGGCUGAGGUUCAGGAAUUUUAUGGUGAUUACAUUGCUGUGAAUCCACAUUUGUUUUCCCUGAAUAUUUUGGGUUGCUGCCAGGGUCGAAAUUGGGAUCCAGCCCAGCUAUCCAGAACAACUCAAGGACUGACGGCUCUCCUUCUAUCUCUGAAGAAGUGUCCCAUGAUUCGUUAUCAGCUUUCGUCAGAGUCAGCAAAGAGACUUGCAGAAUGUGUUAAGCAAGUAAUAACUAAAGAAUAUGAACUGUUUGAAUUCCGGCGGACUGAGGUUCCUCCGUUGCUGCUUAUUUUAGAUCGUUGCGAUGAUGCCAUCACCCCAUUGCUAAACCAGUGGACAUAUCAGGCCAUGGUCCAUGAACUACUGGGCAUAAACAACAAUCGGAUUGAUCUUUCCAGAGUGCCGGGGAUCAGUAAAGACUUAAGAGAGGUGGUCCUAUCUGCUGAAAACGAUGAAUUCUAUGCUAAUAAUAUGUACCUGAACUUUGCUGAGAUUGGUAGCAAUAUAAAGAAUCUCAUGGAAGACUUUCAGAAGAAGAAACCAAAAGAACAGCAAAAACUAGAAUCAAUAGCAGACAUGAAGGCCUUUGUUGAAAAUUACCCACAGUUUAAGAAGAUGUCUGGGACGGUAUCAAAGCAUGUGACAGUGGUUGGAGAGCUGUCUCGGUUGGUCAGUGAGCGGAAUCUGCUGGAGGUUUCAGAAGUUGAGCAAGAACUGGCCUGUCAGAAUGACCAUUCUAGUGCUCUCCAGAAUGUAAAGAGGCUCUUGCAGAACCCCAAAGUGACAGAGUUUGACGCUGCCCGCCUAGUGAUGCUUUAUGCUCUACAUUAUGAGCGACACAGCAGCAACAGCCUGCCAGGACUAAUGAUGGACCUCAGGAAUAAAGGUGUUUCUGAGAAGUAUCGAAAGCUUGUGUCUGCAAUAGUUGAAUAUGGUGGUAAACGGGUCAGAGGAAGUGACCUCUUCAGCCCCAAAGACGCUGUGGCUAUUACCAAACAGUUCCUCAAAGGAUUGAAGGGAGUAGAAAAUGUAUAUACUCAACAUCAACCUUUCCUACAUGAGACCCUGGACCAUCUCAUCAAAGGAAAGCUUAAGGAAAACCUGUACCCUUAUCUAGGCCCCAACACACUCAGAGACAGACCUCAGGAUAUCGUUGUGUUUAUAAUUGGAGGAGCCACCUAUGAAGAGGCUCUAACAGUUUAUAACCUGAACCGUACCACUCCUGGAGUGAGGAUUGUCCUGGGAGGAACCACAGUGCAUAACACAAAAAGUUUCCUAGAGGAAGUUCUGGCUUCCGGACUGCACAGCAGAAGCAAGGAGAGCUCUCAAGUUACAGCGAGGUCCACAAGCAGACGGUGAACCUGAACCGGCGCGGGGAGAGGAGGCGCAGGGCGAGGAGGCCCGCACAGCUCGCCCUCAACCCCCCUGCAGGCUUUCCACUGGCCGCAGGUGUUGGAGGAGAGCCUUGGGUUUCACGCUUGUCCUUAUAACCCACCUCCAGGCAGCCUGCUCACUCCUGAACUGUAGGCACAGACACCCACAUCCCAGGGACAAGUUGAGAAGAACUCUGUGCCGGUCCUGACCCACCUUUCCCAUGGUUUCCUUAUCAAAUAAACAGAUAUAUUCCUUGUAUUUGACAGCACAAUCACUUUGGUUUCUGAUGAAUUUUGUUGGGAUCUCACUUGAGAAAAGGGUUAUCAGAGCUUAGAGGGGUUUAAAAAGUAAACCAUUUGAUGCACACGCUACACAUCCUCCCUUCUCUUGACCCCUUUUACUUUUCAUUAACCACAUUCCUGCACACCUCAUUUUUGAAAACUCAUCAUGUUUCUGUAGAAAGCCAUCCAAAAAUUGUUCCUACACUGCAAUUUUCUGUGGCACUGAGAAACCAUGUAUGACUACAAUAAAAAUCCAUUUUGUGAAAAGA